AAAAGAGACCUUAGAUUGUAUACACAAGUACCUUGUACUGUACAAGAUUAAUUAGACCUGUCUAAUCGAAGAGGACGAUUGCUCGAUGAUGACCCCUCACUUUUUAUCUAUUCAAAUACUGCACUUCACAUUGUUCAGCUAACAAAAAGCUCAAGAAAGCACAAACAUGGCGAAAGCAAGGCCUCAAAUGCCGAGAGCCCGGUUGCAUUAUCUGCUGUUUCUCGUCCUAAUCCGGUUCGACCCGGCAUUUUCGCAGUCGACCGUCAAAACCCUGCCGGGCUACCCUGGAAACCUGCCUUUCAAACUCGAAACCGGGUACAUCGGCGUUGGAGAUAACGAGGAGGUUCAGCUGUUUUACUACUUCAUCGAGUCAGAAAAUGACCCGCGAAGGGACCCUCUGGUGCUUUGGCUCACCGGCGGGCCGGGCUGCUCGGGUUUUUCCGGCCUUGUUUACGAAAUCGGUCCAUUGGCAUUUGAUCUUGAAAAUUUCGAUGGAAGCCUUCCAUCGUUAAUUUUAAAUCCUUAUUCAUGGACAAAGGUUGCCAAUAUUAUAUUCAUAGACUCCCCUGUCGGCACUGGAUUCUCAUAUUCAACCACGUCCCAAGGUUACUACUCGUCCGACACUAAAUCAACCAAAGAUAUUUACACUUUCAUGCAAAAGUGGUUUUCGAUUCACUCUAUGUUUAUCAAGAAUCCCCUCUAUAUAUCCGGCGACUCUUAUGGAGGCAAAAUCGUACCCAUGGUAGCUGUGGAAAUAGCAAAAGGUAAUGAAGCUGGAAAUCAGCCACGAAUGACUCUCCAAGGGUACUCAGUUGGGAAUUCAGUAACCAAUAUAAGCAAGGAUGACAAUGAAAAGAUUCCUUAUGCUCACAGGAUGGCACUCAUAUCUGAUGAAUAUUAUGAGCUAGCAAAAAGCAGCUGUCAUGGAGAGUACGUGAAUCCAGAUCCAAACAAUAUACUAUGCUUGUUUGCUCUUCAGCUUUUCAAACAGUGCACGGAUCUUAUCUGGCCGGCUCAUAUUCUUGAGCCCAAAUGCUUAUUCAUCACAACAAAGCCUAAUAAUUAUCAUACAGACUUACUAAUUGAUGAUCCUGUUGAUGACAUCAUUUUCCUGUCCAAACAAGACGCACCUUACUGCCGUAAUUUUAAUUAUGUGAGCUCUCACGUCUGGAUGAACGAUGAAACUGUACGAGAAGCUCUGUAUAUCAGAAAGGGAACGACAGGCAAUUGGAAAAGAUGCAAUAAAACAUUAAAAGGCUAUGAAUCCGAUGUGGAGAGUGUUUUUAGAGAUCAUCAACUACUAAAUGAGAAAGGCUUCCAAACAUUGGCUUAUAGCGGUGAUCAUGACUUCAAUAUACCUUACUUGAGCACUUUGAGAUGGAUAAGCGAACUGAAUCUCACGAUUGAUAGCGCAUGGAGGCCUUGGACUGUAGAUGGUCAAGUAGCUGGGUUAGUGUUUCUGUUUUUACUUUGCUGAGCAUUUUUUUUUUUAUGGCACAGAAAACAGGUGCAGGUCAUACAGCUCCAGAGUACAAGCCUAAAGAAAGCCUUGCAAUGUUUGAAAGAUGGAUACUUUUAUCCCCACUCUAAGACAAACUAAUGCAUAAUAUUUUCAAAUAAGCGUUCAUUAAUUAUAUAUGUAAUGACACAAUAAUUGUCAGUGUCUUUCUUUUCUUCGCAAAAAAAUUACAAGAACAUUUAACAUCGCUAUAUCUAUUAUUCUCUUAUCUAUAAAAGAAACACUUGCUCUCUCUAUCUGACAC